AUGGCUGACAACAGCACAAAAUCCCAACCUAAGCUGCCAUUCAUAACAAGAUUAAAAUUGCUCAUAUUAGGAUUGGCUAGGCAUGUUUACAUCCGCCGUGAUGGGACGAUCAACCGCCGUGUCCUCCGCCUCAUAGACAUCAAAGCAUCAGCUCCUGCCACCAAACGUAUCAAAGGCACUCGUGUUUCCACCUCCGACGUCCCCAUCGACCCCUCCCGGGACUUGUGGUUCCGCCUUUGCGUCCCUACGGACGGGGUUUCAGAUAAGUUACUACCCUUGAUCGUCUACUUUCAUGGAGGAGGAUUCACCAAUUUCGGCCCUGACUCCCAGUGCUUCGACGAUCUUUGCAGCCGGCUAGCAGCAGAAGCGCCCGCUGUCGUCGCUUCCGUGAACUACCGACUGGCCCCUGAGCACCGGUACCCUUGCCAAUAUGAGGACGCUUUUGAUGCCUUGAAAUUCAUCAACACACAAAACUACGCUGUUCUACCCGCCGCCACUGACCUCAGCAAAUGUUUCAUUGCUGGAGACAGCGCGGGCGGCAACAUAGCCCACCACGUGACGUUUAGAGCUUGCCGGGAUCGUCAUGAACUCGACAGAUUAAAAAUAGCCGGACUUGUCGGGCUGCAGCCCUUUUUCGGAGGAGAGGAGCGAACGGAAUCAGAGCUGAGGCUGACGAGCACGCCUAUGCUUAACGUGGAGCGUACUGACUGGAUGUGGAGGUGUUUUCUGCCGGAGGGCGCUGACAGAAACCAUCCUGCAGCGCACGUUUUCGGGCACGGACAGGACGCCAAGGACCUGAAGAAUAUAGAAUUCCCAAAGGUCUUGGUGAUCAAGGGAGGUUAUGAUCCACUGAAAGAUUGGCAGGAACGGUAUGUUGAAUGGUUGAAAACCUGUGGGAAAACAGUGGAAGUGAUCGAAUAUCCUAACACAUUUCAUGGUUUCUAUGGGUUCCCAGAAGUGCCUGAAUAUGAUUUGUUGAUUAGCGACGUGACGAAGUUUAUUCAAGAAGGAGCACAUUGUAGCUGA